AUGAGACAAAGGCGAGAUCUCACCGAGCCGGUAACGAAGCCGUUCUCACCUCACCUCUCUGUAGAGCACAGAGACUAUUCAGCUGAAGACACUACAGGUCUUGAAUCGGAAACACUUACAGUCAACUCUCCGGAAGCACAAAACCUCACCUGUAAAUCCAAGGACCAUCGAAAAUCUUUUACUCUUACGGUGCACCAUGAGCAAAAGAACAAGUCAGUCACGAAGGCUGCUGAAGGUCGCUCAUUAUCAGAGUGUACGAAAAGGAAAAGUGAAAGAUUUCUACAGAAAGAAAAGAAAGAGCAGAUAGAUACACAAUCGUGCCCUGUUUUGUCUUUGGCACCUCUAGAGAAUUGGGAUCUGGUUCUGCAGUAUAUUAUACAACAUGGACAUCACAAACAUCUCACUAAACAAAAUGAAGUGAACUUUGUUUGAUUGUUUAAAUAUACAGAUGAUGGCAGAAAAAGACAAGAAGUUGACAUAAUGGAGUGUUUGGCUGCUUUUUUUGGAUACAGAGACGAUGAAAUCCCUAAAGAUUCGGCCAAGCCUGAACAGGAUAUGAUCUCUGGAGUAAAGGAAGCUUGGCACAGACGUGUAAACGCACCUGCUAAGAAACAGCUGAGUGAACCAAUCCACAUUAGCGCAUGUGAUGAGUCUGUUACUGUAAGAGAUAAAACACUAGACGCUGCAGUUCAGCCACCAAAGCAUGAGAGUGACCUGCUGUAGGAGCGUCAGAAGAACAGAAGGCAGCGCCAACAGUAUCUGAAACAUCUACUCACCUUCAGGCCACAGCAAUCUACAAACAGAAAGCAGAGUGCUGGUGAGAUGACUGACGUUCUGGACGAUACGGAUGGAUCAUAUCUUCCAUCUGUUUGUACUCUGUUUCUGUUAUUAAAAGCAGAGUGUUUGCUCUUAAUGGUGCCCCUCUCGAGCCCUGGUGAGGUGGCAGUACAAGCAGAAGGAAAACAGUCAGUGGAGUCAACAUCACUCGGAUCUCAUGUUUACAAUACACUAAUAGCAUUUGUGCUAAAGCUAGCUAGCGCAGAGAACAGUGUGACAAACACCACGUUUCGGGUCACUGGGCUGCAACAGAUCUGGAAAAAUGAUUCCUUAGUACUUUACAUCUGCAAAAUCUCAGAUGAGAAUUACAGACCCAGUUCUCGAUCUUUUCUUGAGUUCUGAUUUAUUCUCAUUCAUGCUUUUCAUUUGUUUUAUUUACAGUGGAAGAACACAAAGUGGGGCUGGACAUCAUUCCUUCAGCGCGUGUCAAGAUUCCCGGCUCAGACCCAGCUGACUGUGGCAUCCUGGCUGCCAGACUUACUGCAGCAACAAGCUCAUCCUGCAUUCGUCUCUUUGCCCUCUUCAAGGCUUGACUGCUUUGUGUAUAUCAGCUCUGAGAAAGAGGCUGUCAGGAAGGUCUUUGGAACAAUUCCUGGCUUCUACUGGCAGACACUCGACAUUCAAGUACAAAUAUGUCAGUGGGCAGAGGCCACGACUUCUCAGCAGCCUCACACCCAGUUGAGAAUGGAGUCUUAGCUAGCGUUGGCUUUGGUCUACCAGACAAUGUGUCAUAACCCACUGGCAACAAAUCAAACUCUUCUGUUUAGCUCAGGCCAGGAUGUGUGUGGCCUCCGCUUACCUACUACAGAACUCUUAGCUAACUGUGCAGUCCUUGGAAUGAGUGGGCAGAGGUGUUUUUCUCAGCAGCCGUUGCUUGCCAUGGCUAUGCGUGGUCCUUAUGUCAGAGCUGUAAGGCAAGAGAUCACCGGACCCUCAGACCCCAUGCUGGCACGUAAGACUGACCCAACCUCUGUUAAUGCCCUUCACUGUCCCUAUCCAGUGCGUGCUCUGUUCCAGUCCCUACGUCUGUCCAGUCUGGUUCACUUUGGUUUGUGUGUGUGGUUUGGUGGGAGACCAAAUAAUAAUCCCGGGAAGACUGCCCAGGUUCAGGGAAGUUCUUUGAGAGAAGAUACUGUUUCUUCACCUUCAAUGCUUUGUGCUACAACAAAAGCGGAUGUGUUUCUGCUCGUGUCUCCAGUGGUUCCCUCGUGCUGUUACAGCUAUGUUCAGAUAUCCAAGGGCAGCCUCAGCCCUGGGCCUCAACACUGAGCAGGUAAUCGGUUCUGAAUCCUGCAGAAAACAAACUCAUAGAUACGUAAAUCUCAAAGCCCAUGAUGGAUAUUUUGUUUGUCAUGAACCUUCUCUGUGGUUGUGAUGUUCUGUCAUGCGACUAUGGUGAGCAUAGAUGAAGCACUGCUUGAAGCCUUCUCUCACUGUCUGGUGCUGUUACUGAGGAGAGAGAACGCACUGUGCCACUGUGCCAACCUGCCUACAGGUUUGAUGAAUGAGCCGGCUUUGCAUGGCUUAGUGGAACUGCUCCGUACCAGACUGCCAGGCAACGUUUGCCUCAAAUCACAUCUCUGCUUUCAUGUGGUACCUUAUACAGAAUACCUCUUCAUCCUUAUUGGAGACCACAUGUGGACAGUACCAGACUUCUGCCCUGUGAUCCUUUUAGAGCACAGCUAUGCUUCAUGCAGUGAGACAGAACAGAUUGUGAUUCUCACACUGACUGGUCACAACAUCAUGGAGAAGGGCAUGAGUCUACUUCACAAGGUUCUCAGGGGGAAUCAAGCAGGUUUAGGAGUGGGUGAGGACGGAUUUGAGUUGUUGGCACUGAAAUGGCUGCCCAGACUGUCCUGGCAGCAGGCACUGGAGCUGAGCCCUUCUGAGGUCAGUGAGUGCCAGCGGCACAACAGCGUGGUUAGACUGGUAUCCCCUCCGGCCCUGGUCUGUGCCAUUACAAGGCCGCAGGCAUUCAGGAUUAUGAAAAGAAUUUUAGCACAAGACUGUCCUGGAGAUCUGAGCGUGCUGAUGUCGACCCCCCAAGAAAUGGCCUUCAGACAAGACGCCCUUUACUCUACCGAGGCUCAGAUGAUUGCAGAUGAAGCAGCAGAAUUAUGUUAUAAAUACCUGCCACCACCAAGCACAGGCUUAAGUCAGUCCAUGUUCAGCUACAUGACAGAAGGACUGCAGCUUCUUCUCACUUUGGCUCUAUUUAAGCCUGGUGUCUGGAGUCGUUACUUACUCAAGAUUCAACAAAACAGCUUCACCUUAGUGGGCUUACGCAUACUUGUACUCAACUCAGAGAUAACAAACACACUGAUAAACAGAUCAGAACAUCAGUAUUUAAUCUUUGGAAAACGUCUGUGUGAGCCUUCGGUGAGAGACUUGGAAGUGAUGUACCUGACAUCAGGACCUGUACUGGCAUUGUGCCCACAGAGGGUGAAGUUAACGUACAGUAAGAAGCUUCUGGAGUUCAAGGAUCCAGUUCAAGCUUGAAAUGUUCAAGAUCUCCAUUUUUAGAGGGGCAUCUAUGGCACUGACAGACUGCAUAACGACAUCUAUGGUAGUAGUUUUUACAGAAUUGUUUGCUAUGUUGACUCUCUGGUAGUGAUGAAGGUCUUGAAGCACAAGCAGAUACCUUGUUUGAGAUCAGAUCCGGUAGCCAGUUUGGAAGGACAACGGCCUCAAACCAUUAGUAACUUAAAAGGUAAAAACCAGCUCUUGCAGCCUCUCAUGGAGCAGUCAGGACUGAUCAGAUCCAGUUGUGUUUGUUUGUGUUCGGGUGGAAGCAGGAUGCUCAGUGCUCUCUGCCAGACCACGUGCCUCAUCAUGCCCUCGCAUGUACUCCAGCUGAGCCGUCCGCCUCUUCACAUGGACCUUCUGCAGCGACUCCUGAGCUCAGGCCGCCACGUGGUGGAUGGAAGAAUCUGCUCACUUGACCCAACCCAAAUAACACACUUAUCUGUGUUACUGAUUCCCAGCACUGCAAAAGCACUUAAAGGACCACAUCUUGUUCUUGCUUUGCAAACGGACAACAUUGUGACGUGCUUGAUUCUUAAAAGGUAG